CAGCGCGCGCUACCCAGCAUGCGCCGCGAGGCUCCGCCACAGCCAAGAUGACCGACUUUGAGGAGCCGCUUUCAGACGAUGAUAAGGUCCGCAUCGCAGCUAACUUUGUGACCCAUGCUCCACCUGGAGAAUUCAAUGAAGUUUUCAAUGAUGUGCGACUUCUCCUCAACAAUGACAACCUCCUUCGGGAAGGGGCAGCACAUGCCUUUGCGCAGUAUAACAUGGAUCAGUUCACUCCAGUCAAACUGGAUGGGAGUGAGGAGGCGGUUCUGAUAACUGAGCACGGAGAUCUGGGUCAGGGGCGGUUCUUCGACCCACGGAAACGCGUGUCGUUCCGUUUUGAUCACCUGCGAAAGGAAGCAAGCGAUCCUCAGCUCUAUGAGGGAGAGACUGGUCUCCGGUCCUGGAGAGAUGCCUGCGAUGAAGCACUCAGUGCUUAUGUGAAGGAGCACUAUCCCACAGGAGUCUGCACGGUGUAUGGGAAGACUGUUGAUGGACAGCAAACAAUUAUUGCUUGUAUUGAGGGUCAUCAGUUCCAGCCCAAGAACUUCUGGAAUGGGCGGUGCAGGUCAGAGUGGAAGUUUACCAUAAGUCAGUCAUCAGCUCAAGUGAUGGGAGUAUUGAAGAUCCAGGUGCAUUAUUAUGAAGAUGGCAAUGUGCAGCUGGUGAGCCAUAAGGAGGUGGAGGAAUCCAUUGUAGUGACUAAUGAAACCCAGACUGCCAAGGAAUUUGUAAAAAUCAUUGAAAACGCUGAAAAUGAUUAUCAGACGGCCAUCAGCGAGAAUUACCAGACGAUGUCAGAUACCACCUUCAAAGCUCUUCGCAGACAGCUGCCCGUCACUCGCACCAAGAUCGACUGGAAUAAGAUCCUCAGCUACAAGAUUGGCAAAGAGAUGCAGAACGCUUAGAACCGACCCGGUUCCUCUUCCUUCUGGUAAACACAUGGAGCCGGCUUUCGGAACACCAUAUGCCACCCGCACAGCCGUAGAAGUCUCCCAAAAGUUUAAAAUAAAUGUAAAAAAAAAAAACUUUUUUCUGUUUAAAAGAGAAUGUGAGUCCAUUCAACUUUCUGUCAUUAAUGGACUUGGCUGUUGGAAGAGGUUCAAAUGAGAACUUGGAGGGAGUUUUGGAUCUAAAUUAUCAGCAAACUGCUCUUCUUUCAAUUACCCAAUCACCAGUCACUCAAAAAGAGUUUGUAUUAUUUAGAUUUAUUUUUUUCUUUGUCUUUUCAUGUGAACUGUGACCGCUGCAAUGCUUAAACAUAAACGUUUUAUUUUUUGUGUGUUUUAAAACAGUGGAUAAGUAAUGCCUCACUCACUGUAUCUCCAAAGCCUAAUUACAUAACCCCACUUUCCUCUUCAUCCAACAUUUGACAGCCUUGAGAAAUAAGGGAUCCUUUUGUCCUUCCCUCAACCAUUCAGGCUGUAACAGGGAAUGCAUGAUGAUGAAGAGAGGAGAAUGGGCUGUGUCUGGGUUUGGAAUGGCCAUCAGGCAUAACUGCUCUCUCUGUAUCUUUGUCUAACAGUGACUCACUUAAACUAAAAUGGUUAAAGCCAAACCAACAGAAUAAAUAAAUACAUGAAAUACCCUUAGUGGUAUAGACAUCAAAA